AUGUAUCUACAAAGGCGAAGAGGUACUCUGUCGGCGUUUUUUUCAUCUCUCCCCCUUCAGCUUGAAGUUGGUUUCAUGUACACUUUAUUCUGCCCUAAUGUUCCCCCUUCCUAUAGUUUUUCCGCUUACCCAAUGAAGCCAGCAGGUCGACUAGUCGAGGAGUACAAGGCGCUACAGAGAGAAGACAGUUUGAAUUGGAAGAGAUUUCCCAAAGUGUCUGGCGGGAGAGGUAAGGAUAGAUACAGCAACGUCUUACCCUAUGCACACAGCAUAGUCAAUCUGCAGAACGGAGAAUACAUCAAUGCCAACUGGAUCCGGCCAGGCGGAGACAGUUGCCAUGGGGGCAGCAGUAGUGAUGAGGUCGAGGACGGGGUCAAGUACAUAGCUACCCAAGGACCGCUGGCGACGACAAUUGGAACCUUUUGGAGUAUGGUUGAGGAGCAGUGUUGCAGAUACUCCAAAGUGUGUGUUGUGAUGCUGACCGAGGUGGCAGAGAACGGGCAGGAGAAGUGUUUUGACUAUGUUGACGGCAUCGACGAGAGUGUCCGGCGGAUUGGCGGUGGAUUUGACAAGGUCUUUGAGGAGAGAGGCAAGGUGGAGAGGCGGUUCUACAAGGGAGAACGUAUGGGGGAAAAUGGAUGCCGUGAGUUGAGACACUACUGGAUACGAGAGUGGCCAGAUUUUGGUGUCCCUAAUGGGGAGCAAGACAUGGUGUUGAAGGUGGUGAAGGAGAUCGAAGGGGUUGAAUGUGUCAUUGUGCACUGUUCUGCUGGAGUUGGACGGUCAGGCACGUUUAUUGGUGUUGACCAUUGUUACCGGGUGCGCAAUGGUGCCUGUGGGGUUCCCGACACCUUUGAUGUCGUGUACAACAUGAGGCGAUGCCGGGUGAUGAUGGUGCAGCGGAUGGAGCAGUACGAGUAUCUCAACAAGGUUAUAGAGAAUAUAUAG